UACUGGGUUUGAUACAAGGAGAUUUAGCCAUAACCAUGAUACGAACAUCUGUCAGGCUCCCCUUUCGAGCUCUCUAACCCAGGCAGUACAAAAGCGGAAUAUUUUUUCUCUUACCAUUUUGAUGAAGAAGAGGAAAAGCAGUUAAUAGUUUCAGAACCUGAGGCAGAAAAUCCUUGACUGACCUGAAGACAUUUAGUCGAGUGGCAAGCGUGUAACAUAAAGAAAAACACAGCAAUCUCCACUGGUGCAGUGAAACCAUGGGCAAGUCGGGGAGUAAAGUUCUCAUAGAAACCUCUGUGGAUGGGGUUCAAGCACAGGUAAAAGCAGCCACCUUGAACACAACACACAACCUUCACACACAAACACAUCCAGAACCUAACUGGCAAACACACAUUUAAUAUCUGUGUGCUAAGUAAAAACCCAUUACCCUACUGUGAGUGUUAGUCCUCUGGUGGUUAGAAAAAUAUGUGUUUCCUGGUAAAAUGGGCCAGCUGCUGUACUCUCUGGCUAUGACAGGUUAUGCAACCAGAUCAGACACAGCUUCCUUUCACACUUCAAUUUUUUUCACAUCCCUCCAUCAUACCUAUAAUCAUCAAAAUACAUUACUGUGCUUUGGAAAAUCCAUUUUAGCCAUUAAUAACAGGACUAAAGAGAUGGUCUGAGUGAUGGAUAGAAAAACAGUUGUUUUCUCUUCAAAAAAUGAAAAAAACUUUAUAUCUUUAUGUAAACUUCUCACAAGAACCGACGUAGCUAGAUCAAAUUUCCAGUGUGAUCUUUGUACUGUAACUUGUUAAGUAAAUUAAGAACAUUUUACAGAUAAAUCUUCACAUUUUUUCUUGCAUUUUUUUUAAACACAGCAAAUCUCUCCAAAUGCCGUGGGAGAUGUUUUAAUUAACGGCCAUAAAUAAAGAAAAAAAAUCUUUUUGCAUCAUCAUCACUUUAGGUCAUUUUUUUAAAGCAAGUGAAGCCACAUAUGAUGAAAUCUAAAAGAAGAAGAGAACAAAUUUAACAAAACAGUAACAGCUAAUUUCACACAGAUUGAAUUUCUUAUCACUAUAAUUUACUCUGUUUAGAAACAACUAUUAGUAUGAAAAACGGACCAUUUACAAACUGGAUUCUAAGUAACUGAGUGUUUACUAAAUUUGAUGAGGCCUCAGAGUUAGUAUUUAUUUAAUUAUUUAUACUAAAAAUAGAUGCACUUGUGUAAUGGCUUUGUGAAUAAAUGGCUCUCUGCUGUUGUUGUUGGACCUUGCUGAAGCGUUUUCUAGUCAGACAGUUCCUGCUUUUUUAACUCUGCCAGAGACUUUACUUUGAAUCAAAGGCCUCUGUUACUUUUCCAACUCAGAAGUCUUUGUGCUUUGUGAGAAUUCAAAAGUGAGACCUCUGAAUUAAAAGCAUUUCCUUUUCUACACCCCUUCAAUGACUGUUAUUUCACAUUAGGGUAAAUUGUGCUUUUUCUUUGCUGUUCCUUUCAUUGCCCUGUCUAAUGGAUCUGGAUAGUGUUACGCUUCCUGGAGCAGGAUGCACAGAAUUAAAUUAAUAUUUCAAAAUGUUUAUAAUGUUUUCCUGCUGCACGCAGAAAUGUGCUUUGUUCACUUAAAGCUCGGCUUUACCAUCAUAUUAAAUGCGAGUUCACCCUGAACAAGGACAUGUACCAGCAGGAGUUUGUGACAUUACAACUUGUUUGCAUCCAAUGAUGGUCCAGUGCAAUAAGGAGGAAAACUUAGACAGUUCAGUGAAAUAGGACACACAUUGUAAUCAGUAGGGAAACAUUUGAAACAAAUAAUAUUUUUAUAUUAAUUUUUAAAAUAAUUUAAUUAGGUAGAAUGAGAAGAUAGAUAAUCACAAAAGUGCUAAAUUAUUUAUAGAGCUUACAACAUGUUUAAAGGGUACCUUAAUAUAUUGGAUCUUGAAUAAAAUAGGCAUGUGGAAUUUUUGGGGAAUCUCAGCAUCAUUUGAAAUAGUUACAGAAGUUAGAGACAGCUGUUGUUUAAAGCCACAUAAAGAGGAGGCCACAUUCAAGAUUCACUGUAUAAACUUAUAUAAACAAAAUAAAAAUCACUGAAACUAUGAGAGCCUGGCCUUGAAAAGAUAGGAGUCUAAGCUGACCAUACAAUGGCCCUAAAACCCAAAGUUUCCAAUCUUCAACUAAUUAAAAAGUGCAUAAACUAUCAAAUAGUACUGCAAAAAAGAAAAAGACCUAAAUCUCAAAAAGCCACAAAAAAAAAAAAAAAAUCAAACUAUUGGAAAAGAGACUCCUUUUCUCCAGACUCACUUAAAUUGGUUCAGAUGUAUCCUUGUAGUCUUUGCUUCAGUGUUUCAUGCUCAUAUUUUAAAAGAGGCUUUUGAAUUUCUAGCACCUAAACUUUGAAACAGGCGUCCUCAGUUUGUCAGAUCAAAUGAAUCUGUGGUUUGUUUUAAAGGCUGCUGCCCAUUGUCUGUAGCCUUUUGUUCUCCUAGUAUGUGCGUAAAGGAGUGUGUUUGCAUGAAAGACUGUGUUCGCAUAUUUAAAUAUGUGCACUAAUUUUUAACGUGUAAUGUUGUUGUUUUUUUAUCCAAACUGUGAAGCACUUUAAAACUGUGUGUUUUAAAAUGUUAUAUACAUCAUCAUUAUUAUUAUUAUUAUUAUUAUUAUUAUUAUUAUCCCACUGCGUAAUAUCGUUGGUCAUCUACUGUACUUUCCCCUCAGUGCCCCAAAUUUUCUUUCAUUCCUUAACCUAGCUGACCCAAAUUUCCUGCACCAAGUGAGUGUACUUUUCAGCUUAUGCUGUGGCUAAAAGGCAUACCCUAACACCCAAUCUCUACUUGUUCUUGCUGACUGGGUGCCAUCAUUGUAAGCUCUCGUGACUCAGUGGUGGGCUCCACAAGACGAAGCUAGACUGAAGUGCAUUGCUUCACUGGGAUUAGGGAUUAAGAUUUCCCUCGCUGCUUUGGUUGAGUAAAUCUGGGGAUUAUGAUGUCGACAGCCUGUGGCUGCAGGAGAGGAAAUUGAAUUGUGACGGACGGAACACCGAUGGCCCAGAAUUACAGCGCAGUGAGUGAGAAGUCAGAGAUGGGAGUCCAUGUCUGUGCCUUUCUCCUGCUCAGGAAAACCUCCGCUGGACACCAUUUACUGCCUUAGGGGUGUAGGGAUUGCUUACAUAGCAGAAUCAAUCUGAGUAGAUGUUUAGGAUGUUGAUUGUGUGCUAAGAAGAUUUCUGUAUCACUGGUAAUCCUGCUCUGACCUGUGAAGCAUCAGGUGCCAACCCCUGCUGUUGCUCCUCCUGCUGCUGCUGCUGUUAAAUUCGAAGGACAAACUAAAACCAGCAGGAUGAAGGUGAAAUGGACCCAGCUGGGUUUGGUGUUCUUCCUCAUAUUGUCACUGGUGAUGACAGGAUGCUUCUUCUGGCAAUAUCAGAUGCCAAAAGUCCAGCCAGAUGAAGGAAUGGGUCGCAGUGCCAAAUCAGAGAUGAUGUGUCCCCGUUUCCCCGAGCCUCUACCUCUGGAGCAUCCUAUCCCCAGUCUAAAAGAAGCACUGGAAAAGGUGGACGUUUUGCUUCGGCAGACCAUCAACCCUAUCAGCCUUCCUGCCUUGUCGGCCAUCGUAAUCCUAAAUGACACUGUUUUGUGGACAGGUAACUUUGGGAAGCGGAAUGCCAACGACCCUCACUCAGGACCAACAAACGAGUACACAAUGUACAGAAUUGCAAGCUUAUCAAAACUUUUUCCGACGCUGAUGCUGUACAAGCUGUGGGAGGACGGGAAGAUUGGCUCCCUAGAUGACCCUCUGGAGAAAUAUGUGGAGAACUUCACCAUCAAAAACCCUCUGGGGAAGAUGCGAGACUCCGAGUUGAAAUAUGUGACAGAUGGCCUUAUAUUUCUCGACAGUGGAGAAGUUCAGAUCCGCUCAUCUUCAGUCACUCUACGGAGGAUGGCUAGCCAGCUCUCAGGCCUGCCCAGGAGGCUCCGAGCUACAAAUUUGCUUUGGAAAGGAAAAACUCAAUCUGCAAUCAAUCUUCUACAAGAUGAUGUCCUCGUCGCGGAUCCAGGCACCAAAUGUCACUACAGUAACCUUGCCUUCUCACUACUCGCCCAUGUGAUGGCAGAGCGAGUGGCCGGAGUUGACUACCAGCGAUGGAUCACAGAGAACAUCCUGGACCGGCUGGGGAUGGAAGACACCAGCUUUGACCUCACCCCAGGGAUGCAGAGCCAAUUGGCUGUUGGAGUGUACUCAAAUGGAAAACCAGCCCCACUCUAUGACCUCGGCUGGUACCGGCCUUCUGGUCAGAUGUUCUCGACAGCUGCAGAUUUGGCCAAGCUCGCCAUGAUGCUACUGGGUGCGUAUCAUCGCAAGCUGCUGGAACCAGACUCUUUGAAGAUCAUGCUGACCCCACUCUUUAGGUGUGAUAAGGAUUAUUUUGCUAACCGUACUGGAACACCAUGGGAGGUGAAUGAGCUCAUGGGCUAUGAAUUGUUACGUAAAGAUGGGGAUUUGGAUGGCUACUCUGCCACUUUUUCCCUGGUUCCCAGACUGAAGCUUGGCCUAGUGGUGCUAAUGGCAGGCAGCCGAUCUCAGAAACAGGAUGUGGUCACAAAGGCCUACAACCACAUUGUCCCAGCCAUAGAGAGAGCCUUCAGAGAGGCCAAAAAGGUCCUUAUUGCUCCUCCAAACCCUGAUCAUUACAUUGGAUUUUUCACUUACAGCAACAUCACUUUCUAUGAGAUCAAAGUAGGGCCAGACGGAGUCCUGAUCAUGCAGCAGUUUGGUCCUCAGAUUGAAGAGCUCAUACCAGAGAAGUACAGGACAAUAAAACUUAACUACCUGGUUGAGCGUGUGUUUAAAGUGGUGUUUGAAAAAGAGUACCCUUGUGUUUUGCGAGUCGGCACCGCUUCAGUGUCCCUGGAAGCCCAAGAUGGCCAAUUAUUUAACUUCUACGUGUUUAAUAAGCAGGGUUUAUCUCCAGGUUUUGAUGCGCCAGGGCUGAACACAUAUAACGUGGUCAGAAUAGCCCGUAGGCCGUCCUUCUCCAGCUGAAUUGCAACCGUGUUUUGGCCUAAAGACAAACGUUGUGUCCUUGGGAUGUGUAAGGGGAUGUAAAUAGACAUUAUAAAAUAUCAAAAGACUGAAGUGAGAUGUUGCGAUUAUUCUAGAAGUCAAAGACAUGAUUGUGCUCUUGAUAUACAGUGAGCACGGAUAAGCAUGGCAUCAUGUUCAGCCAGCUGUACAAUGUCCUUCACAGAAAAUGUAUUAAAUUCACUUCUGAACGAUGUAUAUGAGUAUCCUUCUCACACUGGCCCUUCAUUACACUUGAGAACUGAACAAUUCA